CCUGCCGUGGAAGGGGUAGAGGAGAUGAAAAUCUGCUCUGCCAUCAUAAACCUUUUUCAUCUGAUCCCAGCUGCGCCCCAGACUCUGGUCAAGCCUUUGCUAGAGGUCGUGAUGAAAACCGAACGGGCCAUGUUGAUUGAGGCUGGCAGUCCCUUCAGAGAACCUCUGAUCAAGUUCCUGACGCGCCACCCCUCGCAGACAGUGGAGCUGUUCAUGAUGGAGGCGACGCUGAACGACCCCCAGUGGAGCCGGAUGUUCAUGAGUUUCUUAAAACACAAAGAUGCCAAACCUCUUCGAGACGUGCUGGCGGCCAACCCCAACCGGUUCAUCACACUGCUGCUGCCCGGCGGCACCCAGACCGCGGUGCGCCCCGGCUCGCCGAGCACCAGCACGCUGCGGCUGGACCUGCAGUUCCAGGCCGUCAAGAUCAUCAGUAUCAUCGUUAAAAACGAGGAUUCCUGGCUAGCCAGUCAGCACUCCCUGGUGAGCCAGCUGAGGCGCGUGUGGGUCAGUGAAACCUUCCAAGAAAGACACCGGAAGGAGAACAUGGCGGCCACCAACUGGAAGGAGCCCAAGCUGCUGGCCUACUGUCUGCUGAAUUACUGCAAGAAGAAUUACGGAGAUAUCGAGCUGCUGUUCCAGCUGCUCCGGGCCUUCACGGGUCGCUUCCUCUGCAACAUGACCUUCCUAAAGGAGUACAUGGAGGAGGAGAUUCCCCAAAACUACAACAUCGCCCAGAAACGGGCCCUGUUUUUUCGCUUUGUGGACUUCAAUGACCCCAACUUCGGAGAUGAGCUGAAAGCCAAGGUUCUGCAGCAUAUCUUGAAUCCUGCUUUCUUAUACAGCUUUGAGAAGGGGGAAGGAGAGCAGCUCCUAGGACCUCCCAAUCCAGAAGGCGAUAACCCCGAGAGCAUCACCAGUGUGUUCAUUACCAAGGUCUUGGAGCCCGAGAAGCAGGCAGACAUGCUGGACUCGCUGCGCAUCUACCUGCUGCAGUUUGCCACGCUGCUGGUGGAGCACGCGCCCCACCACAUCCACGACAACAACAAGAACCGCAACAGCAAGCUGCGCCGCCUCAUGACCUUCGCGUGGCCCUGCCUGCUGUCCAAGGCCUGUGUGGACCCCGCCUGCAAGUACAGCGGGCACCUGCUGCUGGCCCACAUCAUCGCCAAGUUCGCCAUCCACAAGAAGAUCGUCCUGCAGGUGUUCCACAGUCUCCUCAAGGCGCACGCGAUGGAAGCGCGCGCCAUUGUCAGGCAGGCGAUGGCCAUCCUGACCCCAGCGGUGCCGGCCCGGAUGGAGGACGGGCACCAGAUGCUGACCCACUGGACGAGGAAGAUCAUCGUGGAGGAGGGCCACACGGUCCCGCAGCUGGUCCACAUUCUGCAUCUGAUCGUGCAGCACUUCAAGGUGUACUACCCCGUGCGGCACCACCUCGUGCAGCACAUGGUGAGCGCCAUGCAGCGGCUGGGCUUCACGCCCAGCGUCACCAUCGAGCAGCGGCGGCUGGCCGUGGACCUGUCUGAGGUUGUCAUCAAGUGGGAGCUGCAGCGGAUCAAGGACCAGCAGCCCGAUUCAGACAUGGACCCGAACUCGAGUGGAGAAGGGGUCACCUCCGUCUCAUCUUCCAUCAAGAGAGGCCUGUCAGUGGACUCUGCGCAGGAGGUGAAGCGCUUCAGGACUGCCACGGGCGCCAUCAGCACGGUGUUUGGGCGCAGCCAGUCUCUGCCGGGCGCCGACUCCCUGCUCGCCAAGCCCAUUGACAAGCAGCACGCGGACACCGUGGUGAACUUCCUCAUCCGCGUGGCCUGUCAGGUUAACGACAACACCAGUGCGGCGGGCUCUCCUGGGGAGGUGCUGUCCCGCCGGUGUGUGACCCUCCUGAAGACGGCCUUGCGCCCGGACAUGUGGGCCAAGUCGGAGCUCAAGCUGCAGUGGUUCGACAAGCUGCUGAUGAGUGUGGAGCAGCCGACCCAGGUGAACUACGGGAACAUCUGCACCGGCCUGGAAGUGCUGAGCUUCCUGCUCACCGUCCUGCAGCCGCCCGCCAUCCUCAGCAGCUUCAAGCCCCUGCAGCGCGGCGUGGCCGCCUGCAUGACGUGCGGGAACACCAAGGUGCUGCGGGCCGUGCACAGCCUGCUGUCCCGCCUCAUGAGCCUCUUCCCCACCGAGCCCAGCACUUCCAGCGUGGCCUCCAAGUACGAGGAGCUGGAGUGCCUGUACGCGGCCGUGGGCAAGGUCAUCUACGAGGGGCUCACCAACUACGAGAAGGCCACCAGCGCCAACCCCUCCCAGCUCUUCGGGACCCUGAUGAUCCUCAAGUCCGCCUGCAGCAACAACCCGAGCUACAUCGACAGGCUGAUCUCGGUCUUCAUGCGCUCCCUGCAGAAGAUGGUGCGCGAGCACCUGAGCCCGCAGGCCGCCUCGGGCAGCACGGAAGCCGCCUCAGGGACCAGUGAGCUGGUGAUGCUAAGUCUGGAGCUGGUGAAGACUCGCCUGGCCGUGAUGAGCAUGGAGAUGAGGAAGAACUUCAUUCAGGCCAUCCUGACCUCCCUCAUUGAGAAAUCCCCCGAUGCCAAAAUCCUCCGGUCCGUGGUGAAAAUUGUGGAAGAAUGGGUUAAAAACAACUCCCCGAUGGCAGCCAAUCAGACACCUACACUCCGGGAGAAGUCCAUUUUGCUUGUGAAAAUGAUGACCUACAUAGAAAAGCGUUUUCCAGAAGACCUUGAACUAAACGCCCAGUUUUUAGACCUUGUUAACUACGUCUACAGGGAUGAGACGCUGUCGGGCAGCGAGCUGACCGCAAAGCUUGAGCCAGCCUUUCUCUCGGGGCUGCGCUGUGCCCAGCCGCUCAUCAGGGCCAAGUUUUUCGAAGUUUUCGACAACUCGAUGAAGCGUCGCGUCUACGAGCGCCUGCUCUACGUGACCUGCUCCCAGAACUGGGAGGCCAUGGGGAACCACUUCUGGAUCAAGCAGUGCAUUGAGCUCCUCCUGGCCGUGUGUGAGAAGAGCACGCCCAUCGGGACCAGCUGCCAGGGCGCCAUGCUGCCCUCCAUCACCAAUGUCAUCAACCUGGCCGACAGCCACGACCGCGCGGCCUUCGCCAUGGUGACGCACGUCAAGCAGGAGCCCCGGGAGCGCGAGAACAGCGAGUCCAAGGAGGAGGAUGUAGAGAUUGAUAUUGAACUGGCUCCUGGAGAUCAGACCAGCACGCCCAAAACCAAAGAGCUGUCUGAGAAGGACAUUGGAAACCAGCUGCACAUGUUAACCAACAGACAUGACAAAUUUCUUGAUACGCUCCGGGAAGUGAAGACGGGAGCCCUGCUCAGCGCCUUCGUCCAGCUCUGCCACAUCUCCACCACGCUGGCCGAGAAGACGUGGGUCCAGCUCUUCCCCAGGCUGUGGAAGAUCCUGUCUGACAGACAGCAGCAUGCUCUGGCGGGCGAGAUCAGCCCUUUCCUGUGCAGUGGCAGCCACCAGGUGCAGCGGGACUGCCAGCCCAGCGCCCUCAACUGCUUCGUGGAGGCCAUGUCCCAGUGCGUGCCGCCCAUCCCCAUCCGGCCCUGCGUCCUCAAGUACCUGGGCAAGACCCACAACCUCUGGUUCCGCUCCACCUUGAUGCUGGAGCACCAGGCCUUCGAGAAGGGGCUGAGCCUGCAGAUCAAGCCCAAGCAGACAGCCGAGUUCUAUGAGCAGGAGAGCAUCACUCCACCCCAGCAGGAGAUCCUGGACUCCCUUGCGGAGCUCUACUCUCUGCUGCAAGAGGAAGACAUGUGGGCGGGCUUGUGGCAGAAGCGCUGCAAGUACUCGGAGACGGCCACGGCCAUCGCCUACGAGCAGCACGGCUUCUUUGAGCAGGCGCAAGAGUCGUAUGAAAAGGCGAUGGAUAAAGCCAAGAAGGAACACGAGAGGAGCAACGCUUCCCCUGCCAUUUUCCCAGAGUACCAGCUUUGGGAGGACCACUGGAUCCGGUGUUCUAAGGAGCUGAACCAGUGGGAAGCCUUGACGGAGUACGGCCAGUCCAAAGGUCACAUCAACCCUUACCUGGUCCUGGAGUGUGCUUGGCGGGUGUCCAACUGGACCGCCAUGAAGGAGGCGCUGGUGCAGGUAGAGGUGAGCUGUCCGAAGGAGAUGGCCUGGAAGGUCAACAUGUACCGCGGGUACCUGGCUAUCUGCCACCCCGAGGAGCAGCAGCUGAGCUUCAUCGAGCGCCUGGUGGAGAUGGCCAGCAGCCUGGCCAUCCGCGAGUGGCGGCGGCUGCCCCACGUGGUGUCGCACGUGCACACGCCCCUGCUCCAGGCAGCCCAGCAAAUCAUCGAGCUUCAGGAGGCUGCUCAGAUUAACGCAGGCUUGCAGCCCACCAACCUGGGGAGGAACAACAGCCUGCACGACAUGAAGACGGUGGUGAAGACGUGGCGGAACCGGCUGCCCAUCGUGUCGGACGACCUGUCCCACUGGAGCAGCGUGUUCAUGUGGCGGCAGCAUCAUUACCAGGCUAUUGUAACUGCAUAUGAAAACAGUUCUCAGCACGACCCAAGUUCCAACAAUGCUAUGCUUGGGGUUCACGCGUCGGCUUCAGCGAUUAUCCAAUAUGGAAAAAUUGCCCGGAAGCAGGGCCUGGUCAAUGUGGCUCUGGAUAUAUUAAGUCGUAUCCACACCAUUCCAACUGUCCCUAUUGUGGAUUGCUUCCAGAAGAUUCGACAGCAGGUCAAAUGCUACCUCCAGCUGGCAGGCGUCAUGGGCAAGAACGAGUGUAUGCAGGGUCUUGAAGUUAUUGAAUCUACAAACUUAAAAUACUUCACGAAAGAGAUGACGGCUGAAUUUUAUGCACUGAAGGGGAUGUUCUUGGCUCAGAUUAACAAGUCUGAGGAAGCGAACAAAGCGUUCUCUGCGGCCGUGCAGAUGCACGACGUGCUGGUGAAAGCCUGGGCCAUGUGGGGCGACUACCUGGAGAACAUCUUCGUCAAGGAGCGGCAGCUGCAUCUCGGCGUGUCCGCCAUCACCUGCUACCUGCACGCGUGCCGGCACCAGAACGAGAGCAAGUCGAGGAAGUACCUGGCCAAGGUGCUGUGGCUCCUGAGUUUUGACGAUGACAAGAACACCCUGGCAGAUGCCGUGGACAAGUACUGCAUUGGCGUGCCGCCCAUCCAGUGGCUGGCCUGGAUCCCGCAGCUGCUCACCUGUCUGGUCGGCUCUGAGGGAAAGCUGCUUUUGAACCUGAUUAGCCAGGUGGGACGCGUGUAUCCCCAGGCUGUAUACUUCCCCAUCCGGACCCUGUACCUGACGCUGAAGAUAGAGCAGCGGGAGCGCUACAAGAGCGAUUCUGGACAGCAGCAGCCAAGUUCAGUGGGUAACCAGUCCCAUUCUGCAUCAGAUCCAGGGCCCAUAAGAGCCACGGCCCCCAUGUGGCGCUGCAGCCGUAUCAUGCACAUGCAGCGGGAGCUGCACCCGACGCUGCUGUCUUCCCUGGAAGGCAUCGUCGACCAGAUGGUCUGGUUCCGGGAGAACUGGCACGAGGAGGUCCUCAGGCAGCUCCAGCAGGGCCUGGCCAAGUGCUACUCCGUGGCAUUUGAGAAGAGCGGAGCGGUGUCGGACGCCAAGAUCACGCCGCACACCCUCAACUUCGUCAAGAAGCUGGUGAGCACGUUCGGGGUGGGCCUGGAGAACGUGUCCAACGUCUCCACGAUGUUCUCCAGCGCCGCCUCCGAGUCCCUGGCCCGGCGCGCCCAGGCCACCGCCCAGGACCCCGUCUUCCAGAAACUGAAGGGCCAGUUCACCACCGAUUUUGACUUCAGUGUUCCAGGAUCCAUGAAGCUUCAUAAUCUGAUUUCCAAACUGAAAAAGUGGAUCAAAAUCCUGGAGGCUAAAACCAAGCAGCUUCCAAAAUUCUUCCUCAUUGAAGAGAAGUGCCGGUUUCUGAGCAACUUCUCGGCACAGACGGCCGAGGUGGAAAUUCCCGGGGAGUUUCUGAUGCCAAAGCCAACACAUUACUACAUCAAGAUCGCUCGGUUCAUGCCCCGGGUGGAGAUCGUGCAGAAGCACAACACGGCGGCCAGGAGGCUCUACAUCCGCGGGCACAACGGCAAGAUCUACCCGUACCUGGUCAUGAACGACGCCUGCCUGACUGAGUCACGGCGGGAGGAGCGCGUGCUGCAGCUGCUGCGCCUGCUCAACCCCUGCCUAGAGAAGCGGAAGGAGACCACCAAGAGGCACCUGUUCUUCACAGUCCCCCGCGUGGUGGCCGUGUCCCCACAGAUGCGCCUGGUGGAGGACAACCCCUCCUCGCUGUCGCUGGUGGAGAUCUACAAGCAGCGCUGCGCCAAGAAGGGCAUCGAGCAUGACAACCCCAUCUCGCGCUACUACGACCGCCUGGCCACGGUGCAGGCGCGCGGGACGCAGGCCAGCCACCAGGUCCUUCGCGACAUCCUCAAGGAGGUUCAGAGCAACAUGGUGCCCCGCAGCAUGCUCAAGGAGUGGGCCCUGCACACCUUCCCCAACGCCACCGACUACUGGACCUUCCGCAAGAUGUUCACCAUCCAGCUGGCACUCAUCGGCUUCGCAGAGUUCGUCCUGCACCUCAACAGACUCAACCCCGAGAUGCUGCAGAUCGCGCAGGACACGGGCAAGCUGAACGUGGCCUACUUCCGAUUUGACAUAAACGACGCCACUGGGGACUUGGAUGCCAACCGCCCUGUCCCUUUCCGCCUCACACCCAACAUCUCCGAAUUUCUAACCACCAUCGGCGUCUCCGGCCCCUUGACCGCGUCCAUGAUCGCUGUCGCCCGCUGCUUCGCCCAGCCCAACUUCAAGGUGGACGGCAUCCUGAAAACCGUGCUGCGGGACGAGAUCAUUGCCUGGCACAAGAAGACGCAGGAGGACACGUCGUCCCCGCUGUCAGCCGCCGGGCAGCCCGAGAACAUGGACAGCCAGCAGCUGGUCUCCCUGGUUCAGAAGGCCGUCACGGCCAUCAUGACCCGCCUGCACAACCUCGCCCAGUUCGAGGGUGGGGAGAGCAAAGUCAACACCCUGGUGGCCGCCGCCAACAGCCUGGACAACCUGUGCCGCAUGGACCCCGCCUGGCACCCUUGGCUGUGAGCUCGGCUGCGUCGGCGGGGUGGGGCGGUUCCCGACGGUCGGGGGCUGAGCGUCAGGAAGGCCAGGCAAGUCCAGGUGGGAGCGGAGACCAACCUGCAGCUUUUAAAGCAGCCUUCAGAGAAGCCAGGAUCUCUCUGUGAAUUCUUUUCUAUCGACUUCCUCCCUCGUGUGAAUGUACAGAUAGAACUGUAGGAAACGCUUCCUUGUCGUCGUUUUUAACUUUCGGAGGUGAUACCUCCUAGGAGCUUCAGGCUUUUGUACAGAGCUUUGUACCAAGUGUACAGAAAACCCACUUUGUUAGAGAAACAGGAAAUUAUGAAGACAGCGUGCUGGGUUUUCUCUAAGCACAGACUUCCAGGCUGCGGGGAAGCAGCCUUAGAACCUCCCAGCACGGCUGGCGUGGAUGGAGAGGUGGGGGCUGCCCGCCCUGCGUUUGGAGUCGGAUUCCUCGGGGCCUGCAGAGCCGGAGAGUGAGCGCGACCCUUGCUGUUCCGCUGCUCUUCGGCUGUCUUCUCGAUAUUUACUAUCACUGUACCUGGAAAAAAACAUUUUCCCCUCUUAAUUUAAAAAGAAGCAACGAAGAUUUGUUUGUUACCUCCAAUCUGUUCUGUUCACAUUUUUAUGAGCCUUGAGAACGUUCUAUCUAAAUUUGUACAGUGUGAAUUUUUUAGAAUAAAUAUUUUAUCAAAGGA